CAGCAGUCUAACCGUUUUAUCGUUUUGUGUGAUCGCCGCUGGAUAAUUUUGUGUGAUUUUGUCGGUGCAGAAACUAGAUAUCGCCUCCCUGUUCAUCUCCUUAUGUGUCUGAGUUUACUGGACAUUUAUGUGAGUGCAGCGCCCUCUAGCCCACCAUGUCCCCAUACCCCUCGCUGCUGAGUCCGUUACUUGGUCUCGGCAUGCUCUUCCUCUCUUCAGGUCUCUCCUCAGCAGACAAAAGGCCGCCAGGACCGCCCAGUGCCGGGCCAGAGCUCAACGUAACGCGGGGGAACUGCUCCGGUGGAUGUAUUCCAGGAAGUGUCACUGAAAAUGCAACACAUUCCGAUUCGACAGACCCACCACAGAACAACUUAUUCACCACGUCAGACCUUCACACCACCAACGUUAAUCUGGAUGACCAUCUGCAGAACCAGUCUUCCAGUCCAACGUUACCCAUUCCAGAAAACCCCAUUGUCCACGAGCUGAAUGAGUCCUCAAAUGCCACUGGCCGAACUGAAUCAAGCCUGUCUACAGGAAACGAAACUCUUUCAAACUCAUCAUUCAUUUUACCAAACACUCAAGUUCCAGCUCUACGAAUCGUAACCGCAGUGGCUGUACAUCAAACCGUCACGACCACCGAGCCAGAUAAGAAAUUACAAACAAACAAUACUCUUACAAAAGUGACUUCUACCACCACUCUGCCGCCACUGACGACCGCUGCGCCCCCACAGCCAUCGACGGCCGCCACGGGCACUGCCCUGCCACCAACGGCUGCCACGCCCCCACUGCCACCAAUGACCACCACAUCUACAAGGUCUCCAACAUCAACCACAAAGACAUCUUCAACAACAACCACAGAAGCCAAACCUACACAAACCACCAUCACGGUCAAAACACUGCCUACUCCAGCAACAAAACGCCCAUCUUCAUCGGCAACACUGACGCCAUCGCCCGUUCAGUCCAACACUUCCACAGCGACCACCAGUCACCACGCUAUGCCGGUCCCUCCAGAAACCAAAGUCGCUGUGGUGGUGGUAACUGGGGCGGAUCUCACCCAACAGCUUGUGGACACUGCUACCUUACUGGCUGUCCUCCUCUUUGGGUUACUCUUUUUCCUGGUUACCGUGGCAAUUUUUGUAACACAGGCUUACGAAAGCUAUCGCACAAGGACUACACACAGGUGGACUACCUGAUUAAUGGGAUGUACACGGAUUCUGGGGUGUGAAGGAGCGUGCGGACCUGGUGACGGGUGGUGACCUACUGACCCCAUACAGACGGUUAUGUGGUUUGGGGGGAAAGAUAAACUACAUUGACUACAUUGACCAGUAACAAUGUUUGACAGCUUGUUUUGUAUCAUUAAUUCUCUUAUUGCUAACAAAGAUCCCAAUAUUCCUACAACAGUCUUAAAAGUUUAAAACUAGUUUGUGUUGGUAACACUUCACGAAUUUGUACUUACAGAAGCUGCUGCAACACAGUCUGUUUAAAACGUAUCAGGAUGUCUCGUGUUGAACCUGGAUGUUCUCACCACAUUCAGAACUGGUUGAUCAUAGCUCAUGAGUCCGUCGUCUCUGCGUUGACGCUUUUGAUGCUAAACAGAUUUUAACACGCGACUCCAGUAUUGUGUCUGUGGAUUCCAGUUCUGGAAGAUGAGACAGAUCCUGCAACUACACAAACGCACCUUCAGGCCUUUUUUCACCUGCGCAACCUGCAACUGUUGCAGAAUCCUGUCCAUUCCUGUGAGCCGGCGGGUUUCCUCUUUGCUUCUCAAACAUGACGGGAACUUCGCACAAAAUUGAUUAGCCGCCAUGCCAUGUUUGUGGUCGGUUUGAUGGAAAUUCAGUCAUUCAUUAAUGCACUCAAUGAAAGAUUAACUGCAGCAUGGAUGACCAAAGCCGCCAUCCAUCAGCGGAGGUUCCAGAGUCGCGUAGGAGUUUUUUGUAUAUUAGUGAGCUCGUGUGUAGGUCUGGUGGGAACGGUUACAAGUUAGCCAAAGUAUCACCACGACUUUUACAGGAAACUCAGAAGGGAAGUUUGAUGGCAUAAAUUCUUGGUCACUUUUUUCCUUUCAUGUAUUGAACUUUUGGGUUUUGUGAAGAUUUAAAACGGCUCGGUGUCGAACGGCAAACGUCCACAGUCACAGUCCCCUCGUCAGCUAAUCAGCAAUGGUCAGAAGCCAAACAGGAAAUGGCAGCGAUCGGCAGAAUGUCACACUGCUGCAGACAAGCUCAAAAUUCUUGGACAGAACUUUCCACCAUCAUGGCUCAGGUCCAGAGUCGUGACUUGUUGAAACGCUGCAGGAUGCGUGUGAUGCUACAUCUGCUUACAUGUGUAGCUGUUCUCACCGUAUGGGAUGGAAAUGCGUCAUUUGAAGGUUGUUUGCUGCAGUUUCACAUUAGC